AUGUCCAGGAAUAUCUCCCACAAGAAGUGGGGGCAUCUAAAUCCUGUUCACAAGAACUUCUGCAGGGGUAUCAUGAAAGAGAAUUAUAGGAACAUGGUUUCAUUGGGAAUACCAAUUUCAACUUCUAAGAAAGUAUCCCAGCUGGCUCAAGGUAAAAAGCCAUGGGUCUUGGGACUCCAAGGCUCCAAUAAGAAAUAUAUCCUUCGAGGCAUCCAUUCAGGGGGAAAGCGAGGACCUAUCCAGGCAGUGGCAAAGAGGAAUGGAAAAACCUGGAAAGACCAACAGCCAUGGGGGGCCUUGGAAGAUGAAAAGAUUGCUGGGGUGCAUUGGAGUUAUGAGGAAACUAAGACUUUCCUUGCAAUUCUCAGAGAGUCUCGGUUUUAUGAAACACUUCGGGCUUGUCCUCGAAAUAGCCAGGUAUAUGGAGCUGUAGCUGAGUGGUUGCGAGAGUGUGGCUUUCUCCGGACACCAGAGCAAUGUAGGACAAAGUUCAAAAGUCUUCAAAAGAGCUACCGAAAAGUGAGAAACGGCCACAUGCAGGAGCCCUGUGCCUUCUAUGAAGAGAUGGAUGCCCUGUUAAAUCCUGGACCCCAUGCCACAACCACUGACAUUCCAAAUGAAACUGACUCUCCCCUAAGGCAGGGGAAUAUUACUUCCAAAACUGAAGAACAAGACAGCUGGGAACUGGAGGAAGCAGAAGAAUCUGAUGGUGAAGAAAUGAGCCUUGAGUUCACCCAGAAACCUAAGAUCACUAGAGCUCCAGCCUUGUUCCAAAACUUAAGCGGUGUUCACUGGGGCUAUGAGGAAACUAAGACUUUCCUUAGCAUUCUUAGUGAGUCUCGAUUUUAUGAAGCCCUUCAAGCCUGUCAUCGAAAAAGCAAAGUCUAUGGGGCAGUGGCUGAGCAGCUUCAAGAAUAUGGCUUCCUUCGGACACCAGAACAGUGCCGGACCAAGUUCAAAAGCCUUCAAAAGAGCUACCGUAAAGUAAGGAAUGGCAGCAUGCUAGAAUCAUGUGCCUUCUAUGAGGAGUUGGAUGCGCUGAUGAAUACCCAGGCUUCUGCCUCCUCUACUGAUAACCUGGAAGAAGUAAAGCCUCUGAGGCAAGGGGAAAAUGACAUUGAACCCCAAGAACCAGGAUGCUGGCAACAUGAAAUGUCCUUACAAGCAGCUGUGGUGGAGGACUCUGACAGCCAAAGAAUUAGCACCAAGGAACUAAUAGAGGACCCCGAGUCCCAAAGACCUCCAACUUUGGGUCAAAGCCUGAGCGGUUUUGAUAUGAGUAAGAGGAAUAAGAAGGAUCCAACACAAAUUUAUGAGAAAGAACUACAUUCAGCGUUACCAGGAAAGUCUAAAGGUGCCAUUCCCCAUGAUACUGAUCCAGGAAAAGACCACAAGACGGGGUACAUGUCUGAAAGGCAGUGGAGAAACUACCCCCCAGGAGAUAGAAAAGGAAAAUUCAUUACCCAGCAUAGAGAUUUAGGAAAGAUCAUAGGACAUCGGAGACCUUUCAUGGGACGGAGACCUUACAGAUUUUUCAAAUAUGGGAGGAGUGUUCUUCAGAGCUCACAUCUUCUUAUGUGUCAGGCAAUUCAUCAGAAAGAAAACCCCUACAAAUGUAAUGUGUGUGGAAAGUGCUUUGGUAGAAGCAGGAGCCUUAUUAGACACCAAAGGAUCCACACAGGAGAGAAACCCUUUAAAUGUCUCGAGUGUGGGAAAAGCUUCAAUGACUCUUCAAACUUUGGCGCUCACCAGAGAAUCCACACAGGAGAGAAACCCUAUAAAUGUAGUGUAUGUGAAAAAUGUUUCAGUCAGAGCUCAAGCCUUAUAAUACAUCAGAGAACCCACACAGGGGAAAAGCCCUAUCAGUGUAGUGAGUGUGGGAAAAGUUUCACCAAUAGCUCUCACUUUAGUGCCCAUCGUCGAAUACACACAGGAGAGAAUCCCUAUAAAUGUGUAGAUUGUGAAAAAAGUUUCAGUAACUGUACCCGAUUUAGAGAACAUCAGAGAACUCACACAGGAGAAAAACCCUUUGAUUGUUCACACUGUGGUAAAAGCUUCAGUAAAAGCUCUGCACUUACUAAACAUCGAGGAAUCCACAUGAGAGAAAAGCUUCCAUCACAACUUAAAUCUGAUUAUACUCCAGAAAACUUAGACAGGGCUGAUGAGUUUGGGAAAAUUUUUUGACAGAAGUCUAUCAAAAAAGAAUUGUUUGCAGUCUUUUGUCUUCAUUUCAUAAAAUAACUGUCACAGUCCUAGAAUCAAUUUUGUACUUAUUAUAAAACAACUCUUAAGAGAUGUAGGAAAUGUUGAUGUUUAUAUUGUAGGGGUUCUAUUCCUAUUUCUGCCUCUAACUUGCUGAAUGUUCCCCUGAUUCUAAUAUAGUACUUGAUUUUUCUUUUAAUAAAGUAGAAAAGACAUGUGGUCUGAUUUCCAGAUGUAAAUCUGUUAUAUAUUUUAUGGCCAUUUCUAUUAAAUUUUGAUUCCAACAAUA